UCUAUAUCGUGUUUAUGUGUAAGAAUUCCAUAGUUUUCCCCGCCCCCACAUGGUUUUCUUUGGAAUUUCUAUUGGCUGGAUCGGGAGGAUAUUCUGGUGUUGAGUCAAAACAGCAAAUUUAGAAGUCGCCCAGUUGAUUACUAUGGACUACCAGCAUCAAUGAUUAACAAAACCAAUGUCUCAAAUUCUUGCCUGUAGUCUUUUCGCAUCCCUAAUCUUCCUCGGAAGUUUGACAAGGCGUGAGCGCGCGCAAACCUCCACGACGGGGGGAGUGCUCCCGAGCGAGGUUAUUGUCCUUCCCUCGGCGUGGAAUCUCACACAAAAUCCCUCCGGGGAUGCAGGUGGCCCAGGGACAAGCAAAGAGUUAAGUCCUGCACUCUUUGAAGGGGGAAGCCCCCCCUCUUUCCUUCUGACAUCACGGGGUCCGGCCCCCUGAAAGAUUCCCUCACUCCGCUAGCGAGCGCCUCACUCGUGCGCCGGAAUGUCGAGCAGCAUCGGGACGGCGGAGAAUAUGAUGUGAGAAUCUGGUCUGGAUCGUGGCGGUUGAGAAUGGCCGCCAUUAUGAAUCCCCAGUUUAUGAAUUUCUGCUUCCCGGGCUCGGCGAUGGACGGGGGUCUCCUGAGCGAACCGGAGAAAGAGGAGGACUACAAGGAGACCACCAGGGAGCUGCUGAGCUUUAUGGACUCGGCCUCCAGCAACAUCAAGCUGGCCCUGGAUAAGCCGGUCAAGUCUAAGAGGAAAGUCAACCACCGCAAGUAUCUGCAGAAGCAGAUCAAGAGGUGCACCGGGAUCGUCAACGUCAGCGACGCGGCGGGGAAGGGGCCGGGUUCCUCCCCCUCGGCGGGUAAGACCGUCGCCAAGCGUGACGGCGUCCGGGCCAGCCUGCAGAACCGCAGCCUGGCCGCUCUUUUCAGCCCCAGCAAGGAAGUCCGCGGCGAGAAAGCCAGGAAACCGCCCCUGCGCCACCGCAACCUGCCACCCUCUUUCUUCACCGAGCCGGCCAACUGCUCCAACGUCAACCCUGCGGCGGGAAUGUCCUUGCGGGACCUGGAGCGAGCCAACCCGGAGGCGGCGGACUUCUUCGACCUGCUGGGACCCGACUACGUCAGCGUGGUGGCCGAGCAGGAACUCUACCAAAAUGCGUCCGGCCCAGACGUCGCCGCCUCCGCCGCCUCCUACGAUACUCACCACUUCGUCGGGGGUCUCCUGUACCCGGAGUCGUGGACUAACCCUUCGCCGCCGCUCGCCAGGAAGCUCCCGACUCCUGGCCAGCCGCCGCUCUACUGCCACCCGGAGGCCACGGCCCCCGUGGGUGCUGAGGAUAAUACGCUGUGCUCGUUAGCCUUCUCCAACUUUUUCACCGACUGCUCGGUACCUCAGGUCAACUACGACUUAAGCGGAGACUUCAGUAGGACUCAUUACUCAUCUCUAUGAGAAAAGACAGCAUUGUUUUACACGGGUUUUUUUUAACGGCGCUCCGGCAACAUAGGAUAAUUUUGUCGGAACAUUGCUAACCUUUGCUAACGCAGUAGUAAAGUCAAGUUAGAAUUCCAGUCAUUAUCUGUUUGAACAACUUUAAGCCGUGAAUACUUGUAAGCAAGUACGGCGGUAGCUGAGCGUGCCUUCUCGUCUUCCGCCCUUGAAAUGUUGUUUGGCUGACGAGUUCAUCCAAGUUUCUGUCCGAACACGUCGUAGUCUAUCACUAACCUACGCUAAAACGGUCGUAAAGUUAUUACAGUACGCAUUUGUAAAAGAACAAGAAAAAACACUUCUAGUCCAUCAAUAUAAAACAAUACAAUGAAAAACGUUAAUGACCAUGUAUUCUUACGCCGCUCGCUGUGCGCCAUUCAUAAGCUGGUAAAGCGGGGACCCGCUGCAGUCAUCAUAACACUAAGACAAGCUACACGCUUCCGAAUGAGGAAUAUCGGAUGUACUGUAUGUUAAACAUUUGAGCUGAAGUUUUUGCUUUUGUUGUUUCUCCUGUCAAUUUAGAUCACUGAUGUAAAAGAAGCUGUGGUUUCUCAUGGUGUGGCCUCCCAUCAUCCCCUGAUCUCAACCCUAUAGAGAACCUUCAGAGCUUCCUUAACAGGAAGAUCUAUAAAGAUUGCCAGCGGUUUACAGGGGGUCCUUGAUUUACGACGCCAUUCCGUUAAAUAAUGUCUUCAAAAUCAUGUUGAUGCUACAUUCACUUGUAAAAUAGUUGUCAUGGUGGAUCAUGUACUUGGACCAGCCAGGACACCUCUUACGAUGUUAGCAUUAGCAAACUUUGCUGAUGUAAUCUGACCACAUCGACAUUUUUCAUAACAUCUGCCGAACAAAUGAUCUGACUUUUCAUUUCAAUUUGCUGCAUUCCGUUAGCGGUUAGCACGUACUUUGAGUUGCUUGACUUUCUCGAGUUUCUAAUCUUUGUCAGCGAACAAAAUGGACGACUAUUUGGUUUCCCCCCCCCGCGUCUUCAAGCCGUUCGAGAUGCCCUGGCGCCGGCAAAACUCCAGCCCCAGAUGAUUCCUGACUGUGUUUUGAAAUGGCUACAUGCUUAGCAGUAUUCUGGAAAUAGGUGCUCGUUUACCCUGGACAUUUCUAACAGUGUGAAUUGAAUUGAAGACUUUCCUAAUUAAGAUAUGUAAAUCGCACACGAUCAGAUCACAAUAUCAUAAACGUGUUUGUCAUUUUCACGACGCUGUGAUGCGGAACAAUUUAGUUUCAAGGGGUGACGUUCAAUUUUUCACAAUCAGAAUUGUGUUCAAAUCAUUUUUUUUUUUUUUUUUUAAUCUAUCUUGGAUGCUGUACAAGAUGAAAUAAAGCUGGCCUUUAUUGCUGUCAAAAACAAACAAAAAAAAAAGUACAUGACUUUGUUUCACUCGGCUGACAAAACUGACAAACUACCAGAAGCAAUGUUUAUCAUUCAUGAACCCAAAUUUACGCAGUUUACAAUUUUGUUUGUUCUUUUAUUUGGUGGAUUCA